AUGUUUCCUAUUGGUGCGGCUUGGCUUUGGCUGUGCUAUGGGAUGUCUCGCUUUCUACCAACAGAGCACCGAUGGAUUCUCCCCAAGACGCAGAGCACUUGCGGGGCAUUUCUACAAGUGGGAUUCUCCACCAUGUCAGCCACAGCGCUUGCCCCGAUGAUGUGCUACAAACACCCAAAUGGUUUGAGAAGCGUCCUGAAGUAUCCAGAGAUCAUUUGUGGAUCUGAUGAGCAUAGCAUGAUCUUGGCCAUUGGUUGGACCUUUCUCAUUGUUUUUGUGCUGGGCUUUGUCGCCUUGUGCACAUUUGCAGUCACUCAG